AUGACGGGUAUUCGGUAUGGUCCACGGAUAUGUCUGGAACAGACUAUUUCACCGGGUUCACUACCUCCAGUGCCUACAUACCGGCCAACCGAAUCCGAGUUCGCGGACUUUUCGACCUGUUUGUCUUCGAUUGAGGAAAUGGGUGCUCACCACAUGGGCCUUUGUAAAAUAAUACCCCCAGAUACCUGGUGCCCGCGCAGGCAGGGCUAUGAAGACCUUUCCAAUUUUGUUAUCGGAAAACCGAUUAUUCAGAUGACGUCUGGUAUUGCGGGAGUGUACUUUCAGGAUGUGCGUUCCCAAAAGAACUUAACGUUCGAGAAGUUCGUGAAACUCUCUAAGUCCACCAGAGCCCGGCAGCCCAGCUGUAGAAAUAUUUCAGAACUCGAGUCCAAAUACUGGUCUUCGAUCAAAAACCUGCAACCACUUUACGGUGCAAACGUCAGUGGUACCCUGACAGAUGCAAGCGAGCCCGCAUUUAAUAUCCCCAACCUGGAGUCUGCUCUCAGCCUCGUCCUAGCUGAGGAGAAUGUUCAAAUUAAUGGUGUUAACACCCCCUACCUUUACUUUGGAAUGUGGGGCACAACCUUCGCCUGGCAUGUGGAGGACAUGGAUCUCUAUUCUAUUAACUACCUUCACUUUGGAUCACCAAAACUUUGGUACGUCAUUCCGCCGGCCUUUGCACGUCGUUUUGAAGCCUUUGCCAGAGAACACUUCAAACCCGAGUUUCUAGGAUGUCGAAGUUUUCUACGACACAAGUCUGUUCUUAUUCACCCCGAUGUCUUGGCUGAGGCUGGCAUCCCCACGCGCAAGAUUCUGCAACAUGAAGGCGAAAUAAUGUGUACUUUUCCAUAUGGAUAUCACGCAGGAUUCAAUACUGGUCUUAAUUGUGCCGAAUCCACCAAUUUUGCUUUGCCCCGUUGGGUGGAGUACGGCAAGAAAGCGACAAUAUGCAAAUGUUGGGAGGACACUGUGCGACUUAGUAUGACUCCUUUUGUGAGAAAAUAUCAGCCUGAACUAUUCGAGGCCUGGUGUGGAGACCAGGACCCUGUUCCACACCCCUUAGAACUGUACCGUCAAUUCAGAUGGGGAGAGGCUUCGUGGGAUCGCGGAGACGUCUGCAUAUGCGACCCUAUAAAGGAAGCUUCCUACCCUGUAAAAUCUCACCGGGACGAAGCAGAUCUUAAUGUUCAAGGUCUCUACUACUCUUUAGCUGGUAAGUCAUUCCAUAAAGCACACUUUUCACAUUUCGUAGCGACUGUUUCCUUUUUCAAAAAAUGA